AUGGCGACACAAACAGUCAGGGCCUCUGUGCUCCACGCAGCAAAGGACCUCCGCGUGGAAGAGCGCACCAUCCCGACCCUCCAGCCCACCGAAGUCCUGGUGGCAGUCAAGUCGACGGGCCUCUGCGGCUCCGACCUGCACUACUACAGCCACUACCGCAACGGCGACAUCCAGGUGCGCCAGCCCAUGACCCUGGGCCACGAGUCCGCCGGCACCGUGACGGCCGUGGGGUCGGGCGUGACGGGCCUCAAGCCGGGCGACAACGUCGCCCUCGAGGUCGGCCUCCCCUGCGGCGAGUGCAAGCUGUGCGCCGAGGGCCGCUACAACAUCUGCCGCGCCAUGUCCUUCCGCUCCUCGGCAAAGAGCUUCCCCCACGCCCAGGGCACCCUCCAGGAGCAGAUCGCCCACCCGGCCGCCUACUGCCACAAGCUGCCCGCCGGCGUGCCCCUCGAGCUGGGAGCCCUCGCCGAGCCCCUCUCCGUCGCACUGCACGCCGGCGACCGCGCCCGCCUCGACCCCGGCGCCACCGUCCUGGUCCUCGGCGCGGGCGCUAACGUCGUCGUCGCCGACAUCAACGCCGACCGCGUGCGCUGGGCCGUCGACCGCGGCUUCGCGGACGCCAGCGUCGUGGUGCCCAUGAAGAGGCCCGACACGAUCGAGGCGAAGCUCGAGUUUGCGAGAGAGGUCGCGGCGCUGGUGGCGGGCGCGAAGACGGCGGCGGGUGAGGCAGUGGGCGACGUGGACGCCACGUUCGAGUGCACGGGUGUGGAGAGCUGUCUGCAGGCUGCCAUCUACUCCACACAACCAGGCGGCAAGAUCCUCAUCAUCGGCAUGGGCAACCCCAUCCAGACGCUGCCCAUCUCGGCCGCCUCCCUCAAGGAGGUCGACCUGGUCGGCGUCUUCCGCUACGCCAACACGUACCCGCGCGUCAUCGAGCUGCUGGCCGGCGGCAACCCCAAGCUGCCGCCCGUCGCGGAGCUCAUCACGCACCGCUACGACGGCCUCGACAGCAUCCCCGAGGCGUUCGGCAUGGCGGGCAAGGUCAAGGACGACAAGGGGGGCCUGGUCCUCAAGGUCAUGGUGAAUAUGUAG